AGUUUUCUUUUAUAUGUGAUAACUUCCUGUAUGACAUAUGACAUCAUCACGUCGGUUUCUUGAGCAUAAACACCUACCUAUGUAGUUUUGGAGAAAUUUAAUAGUACUUUCAAAUAUGUGAAAUCAGAAAAGGUGUAUACUUUUCAUAUUGAUUAUGGCCGAAGAACGCACGGAUGUGCUUAGUCUCACGGACGACGAAGAAAACGAAGAUUCGGACUUCGAAUCUUCAUUGCCAGAGUUCCAAGACAGUCUGAGCAAAUGGACGAAUUAUUUACACGGUUGGCAAGAUCGAUUUAUCGUUCUAAAGGAUGGAACGCUCAGUUAUUAUAAAUCAGAAAAUGACACAUCGUAUGGAUGUAGAGGUGCUGUCAGUCUUUCGAAGGCAACAGUAACGCCCCACCAGUUUGAUGAUUGUCGAUUUGACGUGGGAGUUAAUGACAGUGUUUGGUAUCUGAGAGCCAAGGAUGAAGAGGAACGUCAGAAAUGGAUUAAUGCCAUUGAACUGCACAAGCAAGCUGAAUCGGGAUAUGGUAGUGAAAACAAUUUGCGUCGCCAUGGAUCUCUCAUGUCACUUACAUCAGCAUGUAGUCUGUCCACCACAUCCACUUCCUCUUUUAAAAGAGGGCGUGGUCUGUCAGAGAAGGUGGCAGAGAUGGAAACAUUCCGAGAUAUCCUGUGCCGUCAGAUCGACACACUACAGGGAUACUUUGACAGCUGUGCUUCUGCGGUAUCGCAUGGGGCUGUCCAAGAAUUACAUGAAGAUGACAUCGGGGAUCCAGACGACCCCCAUGACUCCUCAUGUGGAUCAGAUCAUCAAGGUCAAAUAUUCCAUAGUCCUAAGGGCAAAGAUUUAGCAUCAAUUUUACAACAACAUGGGGGCCAUGCAGUGGAUUUCAAAGGGGAAGCUCUGACAUUUAAGGCCACCACUAUGGGGAUUAUACACACCCUGACUCAUUGUAUUGAGCUGAUGGCACAGCGGGAGGAGGCUUGGAAGAAGCGGGUGGAAAAGGAGGUGGAACGAAGAAAGAAGUUUGAAGAGGCUUACAAGUCAGCAUCCUUAGAGAGAGGAAAGCAGAAACUCAUCAUAGGGGGCCCAGAUUUCGAGGAGGGUCCCAACUCCCAGAUGAAAGAGGAAGAAUUUUAUGAUGCUGUUGAUGCAGGAUUAGACAAAUUAGAUGAAAAGUAUAAUGAAAUGAUGACUGAGAAAGCUUCAACACCUGCUCACCCCAAGAUAGCUCUGAGUCCACAACAUCCAUUAUAUACUGAGAUUAAUCAGUUGGUGGAUAACCACCUUAAAAGGAUGGACGAGAAGACGGAGGGAGGCGAGGACACCUGGCAGGUGAUUGCAGAGGAACUAGACCUCAAGGUGUACAAACGAGAACUGGAGGUUGACGGUGUGGUCAUCGACCCUCUGAAAGCAUCUUACGUUGUCAAGGGAAUUACUGGCCAUGAAGUUUGUCAUUACUUUUGGAGCAUAGAUGUACGAUUGGAUUGGGAUGCCACCCUUGAGUCCAGUGUGUGUACUGAUUGGUUGGCAGAAGACACAUUCAUCAGUCACAAUGUCAUCAAGAGAGUGUGGCCAGCUUCACAGAGAGAUGCCCUCUUCUGGUCCCACGUUCGUCAUGUGACUGGGAAAAACGACGAGGAUCCAGACAGGUGGAUUGUGGUUAAUUAUUCAACAGAGGACACCAAAAUUCCUAACAAGUAUGUACGAGUGAAAAUGAAUGUCGCCAUGAUAUGUGAAACCAUCAUCGAUCCACCAGCAGACGGCAAUAUCAGUCGAGAUGACAUCAAGUGCAAAAUCAGCUACACUGCUGAGGUUAACCCUGGUGGCUGGGCUCCAGCAUCCGUUUUGAGAGCAGUGUACAAACGAGAGUAUCCCAAGUUCCUCAAACGAUUCACCGGCUAUGUCAAGGACACUGUCAAAGAUAAACCUAUCUUAUUCUGAAGUUGUGUUGUCACAUCAUAAUUGUGCCUUCUCAUCUAUUUCUGUGGAAAAAUUUUGUAGGUUUCUGUUCUAGGCAUUUUUACGUCCUGACCAGAAUGUUUUUUUUUGUUGUUUUGUUUUACGGUUUAAAAUUACUACUGUAUAAAUACACUGUAUUAAAUGAAAUUUUGUGUUUGUAUCAAUGGAAAGUAUUAAUUACUGCUGUGGAAUUUUUGAAAACCACACGAGGGACAGGCAAAUUCAAAUUGUAGCUGUGAAAGUGAAAAUUUUAAAGAUGCUGAGUUACUGAUGUGAAGAGUCCGUUACAAUUGUGAAUGUACAUAAUAUGCAAUAUUGCAUCUUCUAAAAAAAAAAAUACUUAUAUUCGUAUAAAUGUAAUUUUAUUGCAAGUUUUUGUUUUGUAAAUGUGUUAAAAAACCCAAACCAAACUAACACAAACAUGUUUUUUUUUGUAAUCUGUGGUAUUUAAAUCCUUUCUGUGAAAGGUGAUAUUUAGUGCAUUUGGGGCCAGGAAUAUGGGGAUAAAUUAAUCAUUUAUUUUUUCAUGCCCAGUGAAAUAAAAAAAUUAGGGCAUAUCUUUUUAUUCCAUGUUUGUCUAUAAUUUUAAACUCAGAAGUUUUGAACUAUGUGAAAUGCAGACUUCAUGUUUGGUAAAGGUCAAGGUUAUAAUUCAAGCUCACAGGGUAAAUAGGAAUUUACCAUGGUGGUGUGAUUCACACAUACAUUUUGUUUUAAAUGUACUUAAUUUCAGAGAAUAUCCUCAAUAUUGCCAUGGAUCAUUUCUUGAUAAAUAGGAUCUUAUUGCAUUGUACAGAGUACUCAGUGUUUUUAGAAUUCUGCAAAAUGUAGUUUUGAUUUCAUAGAUAUCAUUUAUGAUUGCAAAAUUCAUAACUCUUCUGAAAUUUUGUUGAAAUUCAUAUGAAAAUACUAAAAUAUGAUAAAAAUUUUUGAGACACAUGUACAUUUAUUAACAUAAAAUGUUAAAAAGGAUAUAAAGUAAAACUCAAAGAUUAUCAUUCCAGAUCUACAUUUACCAGGACAUGAGUGGAUGGUGCUUUAACUUGCAUGGAAGUGCACAUGUUUGCUUGCUACAUGAUGCUCUUGCCUUUAAGGGAUUUGUUUAUAAAAGAAGGGAACAUUUUCUACUUUAUUCAUAUUUAGAUAUUGAUAAACCUAUGUAUUAUCCUCUCAAAAAUGAAUUCAUUCUAGAUAUGAAAUUUUUUGUGUUCACACAUAUUCAUCAUUAUAAAGUUGUGUUGCACAAUUCAUUUAAACAUAGUACAGGAAUGAUCAUGAUCAUAGUGACAACAUUGAUAUGGACAGCCAGUAAGAUUUCCUUAUAGAUGUAAUAUCUUAUUAAAAGUUUAUUCUUUGUUAUACUGUAAAAUCACUAUAUAUUUUCAUGGAAGUGAUUUUUUUUAUUUGGACAUUUAGAUCAAGAAAAACUAAAUGCAUAGUCAUGUAGAGCAGGGAAGCCUCUACCAAAAUUGUAAUUUUCCUGAUCCAUUAGGCAGAGGUUCGGGACUAUAGGACAGGGUCAAACUUGGCAUAUAGUGUUUAUAUGUCAAACAUUUAAAUUACAUCUUUACUGCUAUUGAUACUAAAGUGAAACUAAGUAAAUUGUUAAUUUUAUGAUCCCAGUGGUAGGGGUUUUGGUUUUAGGGUUGGGCCAAAAUUAUUACAGUGAUUAUUGUCGUUAUCAUUUGUAAGACUUUCACUUUGAUUUUGCUGAUACUGUAUAAAAACUAAAUGCAUAUUUAGGAAAAGCAGAAAAGAAUGUACCAAAAUUGUAAGUUUUGCAGCUCCUGGGUUAUGACUCUAAGACAAGUCCAAAUUAGUCCAAGGUGUUAAUAUAACAUUUAUGAAAUUUUUCAUCAGUAUUGAUACUUUUGGGGGCAUUUGUGUUUUAUGAAAACAUCUUGUUUUAUUCUGCUGAAUACUAGAAUUAAGCUUAGAUAUGCAGAACAGGAAAAUUAUUAGAUUCCGUAGCCCUUGGAGCAAGUGAUACUUUUAACUAAUGCUCAGGUGACUGAUGAGGUCUGUGGGCUUCAUGUUGAAUUUAUUCUCAUGAUAUGAACUCAAAUUCUUCACAAGCCCAAUUAGUGAACUACCAUGUUGAUAAUGAACAGCCCAUCAACAAGGAAAUUGGCACCCCAAGAACAUGCUCUCUUUUUUUUAAACCACAGAAUUUUGACUCUGUGAAAAUAUGUGAUUUUACAGUAAAAAGAAAUUCACAACCAUUGUUUUUUCACAUUCCCAUUUCACUAUACAAGCAUGUUAACUUUUUAAUGGGCAUAUUGAGAGUCAGAACAUGUUGCACUUGGACAUGAAAUUUUGCACUUUGCAGCUGGUUUUGUGAAAUCCUAGGAAACUAUACAUGUAUGUUUCUUGAGAAGAUCAUCAUUUCCUCUUGUAGGCUUGCUUUGUUUUUUAUUACUCUGUUGUUGUGAUUGGAAAACUAGUCAGAUAAAAUCUGGACUAAUACUAGAAAUAAAUUCAGAAUUGCACAGGUAGUAUAGAAUAUGGUUUCUAGUCAGGCAUGCCAUUAGAUGACUAUUCAGUCUCCCUGUCCUCUCCUGGCACCGUAAGAGAUGCCAGUCUAAAGCGAGUACAUACAGAAGUUUUGUAGUAACUAGUUAUGUAGUUAGUGUUGAUAGCUUCAAUAUUAGAGUUCUUUUGGUACAGGGAAAUUUCUGUGUGGGUAAGAUUCAUUAAAUGUAUACUAGAAUUUCGUAUACAAUUGUUGUUGCUAACAUUUGGUUUAAUUUGGAACGUUCUCACUGAAAUGCUGAUACAAAUUAGAAAUUAAAAUCCACAAUAUUCAGAUAUAGAAGUAUAUGAAAGUCGGAGAACUUUGUCCAGACUGCAAGAGAUUGUUAUUUUCAUAUUCUCAGGUUAAUUCUCAUAUUAUUGUGUAAGUUAAUUUGUAUAGUGUGUUUACAAUCAUUUUAUAUAACCUUUUAAGAAACCAUUGAUAUAAACUUCAAUUGUGAAUUGUAAUGGUGUGAUAUGGUGUUACUUCCCUUGUAUAUAAAACCUUCACACAAUCAAUGAUAUGUACAGAUUUCCUCAUAUUUAUGUAAAUAACAAUGAAAUUAAUAAAUUUUGUACAUACAGA